AUGCAGAACCAAGUUCCCACCGUCUUCACCUGCACGCAUUUUGUUCGAGUUCCGGUCGAACUGGCUAAUGGACGUUGGGCGGCGGGCCCGACGUACGCCGAAGUGGCGCCCCUUGGGAGGGACCUCGAGCUUAUUCUGGGAGGCAACUUCAUCUACACGCACAAGAUUGACCUAGGUCAUUUCCCACACCCCCACCUCACGUGUAAGAACAACCCGGAGGAGCCAAUUGACCUGCUUGAACUAUCGUCCCAGCCGCUAUCGCGCCCGUCAACGAAGACGAACAGCUCCGCCUUGCCGCGCUCGACCAGCGCCUGCGCGCGGUUUACGCUGAUCGCUUCCCUGACGACAUUCCACCGGUUGCCACCUAUCAAUCCCCGGUGCGACACCAUAUCGAGCUUGACAACCCGCGCACUGUGAUCAACCUGCGCGGCUAUCCGGUCGCCAAACGCCAUCGCCAGGCAUGGUACCUGCUGCUUCAAAAGCACCUCGCAAGUGGCCGUCUUCGCCCCUCACGUUCGCCGUACGCGUCGCCGGCGUUCAUCAUCCCCAAGAAGGGCUCGGAUGUGGACCCCACCAUUGCACCGCGAUGGGUGAACGACUACCGCCACCUCAAUCAGCACACCAUCAAGGACCGCACACCCUUGCCCCUGGCCGAUGACAUCCUGUCGACGUGCUCCAAAGCGCGGUUCUGGGCCAAGAUUGACAUGACCAACUCCUUCUUUCAGACCAAGAUGGCGGAAGAGGAUAUAGCAAAGACUGCGGUUUCGACACCCUGGGGUUUGUAUGAAUGGACGGUCAUGCCCAUGGGACUCUGCAACGCGCCCGCCGCGUCAACGACGCCCUGCACGGAUUACUCGGCACCAUCUGCUUCGUCUACCUUGACGACAUCACCAUCUUCGCCGAUACGCUGGAGGAGCACGAGGCCCGUGUUUGCCAAGUUCUGGACGCCCUGCGCCGAGCCGAACUCUACUGCUCACCAUCAAAGACCAACCUCGCCACCUCGGAGUGUGAGUUUCUUGGCCACAUCAUCAACCGCUCCGGCGUACACGCCGACCCCAAGAAGAUCAAGCGCAUCCAUGACUGGCAUCUCCCAGCGACCGUCACGGAACUGAAGGGGUUUCUCGGUUUGGUGCAGUACCUCCGCAGGUUCAUUCCGGGCCUUGCCGAGCAUACCGCUGCGCUGACCCCGUUGACAAUCAAAGGGCUGACAUCCAUCGACAACCUCUGGACAACUCCAACGGUCCGUCACUUCGAAGCCAUCAAGUCCAUUGUCGUCUCCCUUGACUGCCUAUGCCCGCCCGACCACUCUGCCGAUGCCAUGCCAUUCUGGGUGAUGACCGACGCCAGUCUUCAAGGUAUCGGAGGUGUGCUCCUGCAGGGCUCGCAUUGGAAGACCGCACACCCCAUUGCCUACUGGUCGCGUCAAUACAUCCCAGCUGAACGCAACUACCCUACGCACGAGCAGGAACUCCUAGCUAUUGUCGAGGCUCUCAAGGAUGUAAUACACCCCGUAGGAGUGUACACCGGAGCGACGACGAUAGGAUCACAGGACCAAAGUAUGUAG